UCAAGACUCUGCUUCAGAAUCCUGCCUGGGUGCAACUUCUUAUGCGAGGGCCUGGCGAUGUCAAAACUUUGAAGAUUAAUGGAUUACUUUGUUAAUGACUCAAGGCGUCAGAUUGAGGUGCUUAAAUGAUUUGUGAGGUGCAAAGCGUUUUCCUGACAGUCCCAAACAAUGAGAGAAGAGUGUGCGGGUGGAGGAGAGGGAGGCAGCAGCCUGCAGGACAAGCAGCCACACACACACUCACACACACACUCGCACACACACACUCGCAGCCUCUUUCACAAACAUAUCCACGCACACGCACCCUCCCCCCCCUAGCCCAGAUCAUUUCAGAUUAGGACGCCGAGGGGAUAGAUACUCGAGAUAUCAUUUCCCUCUUUAAAAAAGUGUAAAUAAAGCCUUUCUGGCCCCCAAUGAGGCGUUCCUUCCCGACUUUUUUGGAUCAAUCAAACAGACAGUGGCUUCUUUUGAUUAAAGCCCAAAUUGUCAUUGGGCAGAGGCAAUCAUGUGACAGGCAAUUCGGUCCAAUUUCAACCUUGUCUCCAUGAAUUCAAUAGUUUAAUAGUAGCACGGUCCCCAUACGGCUGUAAUCAGUGAAUUAGAAAAAAAACACCCCACCAGCGAUCUUCUAUGCUAUAUUUUUUUCUCCUCUCUCUCCUUUUUCCUGGGCCUUCCCCCCCCCGAGCCCCCUGAAUCCGAGGGAACUUUUUCUCCGCGGGGGCUGCCAGUUGAAGGCCAUGAAUUUCGCAUUUGAGCGAGAGAUCGGUUUUAUCAAUAGCCAGCCAUCGCUUGCUGAGUGCCUGACAUCUUUUCCCCCUGUCGGUGAUACAUUUCAAAGUUCAUCAAUCAAGAACUCGACGCUUUCACACUCGACACUGAUUCCACCUCCUUUCGAGCAGACCAUCCCCAGCCUGAACCCCGGCAGCCACCCUCGCCACAGCGGCGGCGGUCGCCCCAAGGCGAGCCCCCGCGGUCGCAGCGGCAGCCCGGGCCCCGCCGGCGCCCCGCCGCCCCCGGAGUACCCCUGGAUGAAAGAGAAAAAGGCGUCCAAGCGAUCCGCGCUGCCGCCCGCUUCGGCCUCCGCCUCAGCCGCUGGACCUGCCUGCCUCAGCCACAAAGAUCCCCUUGAAAUCCCUGAUAGCAGUAGCGGUGGAUCUAGGCGGCUGAGGACGGCUUACACCAACACCCAGCUUUUGGAGCUAGAGAAAGAAUUUCAUUUCAACAAGUAUCUCUGUAGACCAAGAAGGGUUGAGAUUGCAGCCUUGCUGGAUCUGACUGAGAGACAAGUCAAAGUCUGGUUCCAAAACAGAAGGAUGAAGCACAAGAGACAAACCCAGUGCAAGGAGAACCAAAACAGCGAGGGGAAAUUUAAGAGCCUAGAGGACACCGAGAAAUCGGUGGAGGAGGAAGAGGAGGAGAAAUCCCUCUUCGAGCAAGCCCUCAACAACGUCUCCGGCGCUCUCUUGGAGCGGGAAGGCUACGCUUUCCAGCAGAAUGCCCUCUCCCAGCAGCAGGCACAGAAUACGCACAAUGGCGAGUCUCAAACUUUCCCCGUUUCGCCUUUAACGAGCAAUGAGAAAAAUCUGAAACAUUUUCAACACCAGUCACCCACUGUUCAAAACUGCCUCUCAACAAUGGCCCAGAACUGUGCAGCUGGCCUGAACAAUGACAGUCCUGAGGCCCUAGAUGUCCCUUCUUUACAGGACUUUAGCGUCUUCUCUACAGAUUCUUGCCUACAGCUUUCGGAUGCAGUUUCCCCCAGUUUGCCAGGAUCUCUGGACAGUCCCGUAGAUAUUUCUGCUGACAGUUUUGACUUUUUUACAGACACACUCACUACAAUUGACUUGCAGCAUCUGAAUUACUGAGAAAGUAAAGACGUCCUCAUCAAGGGUCCUGCUUUCUUCUCCUUAUUCUUCUUUAAUUUUCCUGUGAAUUAAUUUCCCCCCUCCCUUUUCCUGGUCAGUAUUUUCUGUUUAUUACCUCCCUCUGCUGUGCCAUUUUGUCAUUUCUUACGAAAUUUUAGUUGUGUUCAAUUUUAACCUAGCCACAUCCUAGGUUCUUCUAUGAAAGCAAUAUAUGAGGUCUGUAAGAAAGUGAUCAUAUAGGAAUUGUAUCUUCACUUUCUUUUUAUUUUUGUAUUGCAUUAGGAUGCGUUGUCAUAAG